CGGUGAUGUCUCGGAAAAGUCAUCAACCGCUGAAUAAUGACAUAAUAAUCAAAUGAAUCUCUAACAGUGGAGUGCGCUCGUUCUCUCCUAUGAUAACUGCAACCCAUUCUGCUCGACUGGCAAAAUUCCAACCUCCAGCAACCUUCCCAGCUCGUCCAAAGUCACGUCUCUGGCUCUCCACCCCACUCUCCAUGAACUCCUCGACAGCAGUAUAUCAAACUUCCCACACUGACGGCCAAUCCGCCAGUCCUCCAAAGCAAAUGUCUCAAAUACAGAAUCUAAAGUUGAAUGAUGGGAACCAGAUCCCAAUGCUUGGCUACGGCCUGGGUACUGCAAACUACAAACUUGAUAGCGACUCUCCCGAAGACAAAGAGCUAAUCAAAACGGUCGUGAUGGCCAUAAAAGCUGGAUACUACCAUCUUGAUGGCGCCGAAGCUUAUGGCAACGAAGUCGAGCUCGGCAAAGCGAUCAUCGAAGCUGGAGUUCCACGUGAGACACUCUACGUAACUACAAAGAUCUCAGGCGUCAAAAUCCAAGACACGAAGGAGGCUUUCGAGCUCUCUCUCAAAAAACUACAGCUGGAUCACGUGGAUCAAUACCUCAUUCAUGCCCCUUUCUUUGCCAACUCUGAUGAGGACCUGCAGAAAAAAUGGGCAGAUAUGGAAGCUAUUCAUGCUUCCGGGAAAGCAAAGACAAUAGGGGUAUCAAAUUUCCUGCAGAAGGAUCUGGAGGCUAUCCUCAAGACGGCCAAGAUCGUGCCGGCGAUUAACCAGAUUGAGUACCACCCCUACCUGCAACACGGUGAUCUUAUCCCGUUCCAGAAGAAGCAUGGUAUUGCGACUGCUGCAUAUGCGCCAUUGACAGCUGUUGUGAGAGCCAAACCGGGACCACUGGAUCCAACGUACGAGCAGUUGGCGAGGAAGCAUGGAGUUACGCCUGGAGAGAUUGCGUUGAGAUGGGUAAUAGAUCAGGGAAUCGUUGCAUUGACGACGAGUGGGAGUGAGGGGCGGUUGAAGGGGUACCAAAAAGUGGGACAGUUUAAGUUGACGCCGAAAGAGGUCGAAGACAUUUCUGAGCUUGGAAAGCAGAAAAAUUUCAGGGGUUUCUGGAAGAAUAAGAUUUCUGCUGAUGACUGGUCGUAGAUCCAAAACAGGACUUACUGUUUGGAAAGUAUUUGCAAACAUCUUUUCAAAAGACUUUCCUGUGCGAGAAUCAGGAAGAGACGAAACACAGAGCUAAAUUAGAUACACGAAACAUAAAGACAAAGCUUCAUUCCUUGACUCACUCAUAACCCAAAAUUUUAUCCUCAUCCCUCCUGGACCACUGGACAUGAAUCGGGGUCAUGCCAUAUUGUGACUUUUACUUUCCCGUCAGUGAGGCGAAUGCGACCGCACGUCAUUUGCCCCUUUUUCCUUUGUGCACAUCGGCUCAAGAUCCGUUACUCAUUCCC